CGCGAGCAGAGCAUUCGAUGUAUCACGCUUACCUGAUCGCCGGUGGCCAUCAACCCGUCUGAUCCGAGAUAAGCUGGCUCCUGUUGGCCAUGACCUUGACGCGGUGUAGUAAUACUGCUCUGCUCCGACCAUGGCAUUUGGUUCGUACCCAUUGAAUGACGGGAGGGAGCAUUCCUGAGAUCCCCGCCAUUGCAUUCGGAACGGGCAGCAUCUACAAAUGGACCGAUGUGUCUCGUCUUGUCGAGCAAGCGCUCGAAGCUGGCUUUUGGCAUCUAGACACUGCUCAAGCUUAUCGGACAGAGGAAUACGUCGGCAAAGUCAUCCACGAGAGCGGCCUUUCUCGAUCCGAGUUGUAUGUCACAACGAAAUAUAGCGGAAUUGGGGACAUGCGCAGUGCAAUCGAGUCCAGCUUGUCGAGCCUGGGACUCAAAUACGUCGACCUUUACUUGAUGCACCAACCGUUCCCAAACUUCGCAGUCCUCUGGAAAGAGUUUGAGGCCAUUCAGAAGGAAGGAUUUGCCAAGAGCAUUGGUGUUUCAAACUUCACUCUCCCCCAUUUCCUUUUGCUAGUGCAAAACGCCACCGUCUGGCCGUCCGUCAACCAGAUCGAGUUCCACCCGUACACGUAUGCAAAGUACAAGGAGACCAUCGAGUGGACGAACAAGCACGGGAUCGUGACAGAGGCGUACAGCAGUCUUAGUCCGAUCACGAAGUUCCCGGGCGGACCAGUCGACAAGCCCGUCUCAGCCGCAGCUGCACGUCUUGGCAUCACUCCGACGCAAGUGCUUCUGCUGUGGGUCCGGGCUAAGGGCGUGGUCAUCGUCACCACUACCUCGAACAAGGACCGGUUGAAGGAAUAUCUAGCCGUAGGGGAUCUGCCCCCGCUUUCGGACGAAGAAGUUGCCGCCAUCGACGCAGCAGGCGCGAAAGGACCGCCGCGGUUCAAUCUGCGAUCUUUGCGGUCUCACGGGUCACGUGCUUUCAUGCUGAUUCUCACUCUCAUGUUUAUCUGGGGCAUCCAACUGCUGGUCUCGCGUGUUUAUUAGAGCAGAACAAAUACCAAGGACUGGUUAUUCCUCG